CUCAUUAAAAUAAAAUAAAAACUUUCCGCGGCCGAAUCACGAGGGCGGCCGGGGGCCUGUCAUCCACCGGUGAAACCUGCGUCAUCCGAUAUGGCGACGCGGCGGGGGGUGUCACGGCAUUCGGACGGGUUCCUAGAGGCUGAAGACGCACGCGGCAACGGUCUCGCUUGGUUGCUGGCUCGCUGGCUCGCUCGCUCGCUACGAGUCUCUUGGAGGCAAGUCUGUCUCUCUCUCUCUCUCUCCGCGUCUCCGUCUGUCUAUCUGUCUAUCCGUCCUCUUCUCUCUCUCUUUCUCUCUCACACAUUCCCCCGCCCACUCGCUCUCCGGUUUAGAAUGGUGGCUGAUGGCAAUGUUUCAUGUUUAAAAUCAAGGGCCUACCACGUUUGCCGGAUGAUCGCCAACCCUGACUCUGAGGUAACCAUCGAGAGACAUCCGGAAGUGACGUCGUCAUCCCGUUGGAGUUGUUGUGAACUCGGGUGGUUUGGUUUAAGCUUGGCCCUGCCGACCGACCCGCCGGGUGUUGUUCAUAAUAUGUCGUCCUAAGAGCCCACCCACUCGCUCACCCUCUCCACCAUGCGAUGCGUCCCCUCCUCCCUCCCACCCAUCCGCCACCAUCUUCCGGUAUCGCUAAAGCAUCAUCGACGCUUCUCGACAGCGAUGGGCGACCGCCGGCGACGAUAUGUUUCGCCUGAGGAAAUACAACGCGCAUGGGUCAGGGCAGGGCAAUGACGCACACCAAAGUGCUGCCGGCAUGCCGGCCGACGCAGGCGGGACCUCCCUUACCAGGUUAACAUACCCUCUCUCUACGCCUCUCCCCUACCUCUGCCUGCGUCUCGUGCCUCCUUCGUGCCUACAUGGCGUGCCUGUCUUGUCCUAUCCUGCGCUGCGCUGCGCGCGCCUGCGCGCGCCUGCGUCUCUGCGGGUCGACCGGGUACCCUGCGCGGAAAUAUUGCAACGGCAGCGCUCCUUGCGAUACGCCCGGCUCGCCAGUCCCCAGGCGUCCCGGCGGGCUUCAUUGGCCGCCGUCGACGUUAGGCGAUGCGCGCCCUCUGUCUCUGUCUCUCUCUCUCUCUCCUCUCUCUCCUCUGGCCUUUCCGCCGCCGCCGCCGCCACCGCCGCCGCCACCACUGUGCGUUUGCUAGCCCACGGCCGCAAAACCCGCGCGCCCACGCCCA